GGGGGACGUUUUGGAAUCUCUCUGAUAUCAACGUCAUUUGUAAACAAGGAGAAAUGAUACAGUUACAGACAAUUUAUGUUUUUCUGCACCUAAUCGUAUUGUCAUUAGGAUACACUGACGUAUACAAUAUAGAUGAUAGAGAAGGUUUUGGGAGACCCUUCGAUGGAAUUGGAGGAAUUAGCGGAGGAGGGGCAACCUCCAAGCUGUUGAUAAACUAUCCAGAACCACAGCGGAGUGAAAUACUUGACUACUUGUUUAAGCCUAACUUUGGAGCUUCUCUUCAUAUUUUGAAAGUGGAGAUUGGAGGAGAUGGCCAGAGUACAGAUGGUACAGAAGCUUCACACAUGCACAAUGCAUUGGAUGAGAACUAUCAGAGGGGAUAUGAAUGGUGGCUUAUGGUUGAGGCUAAAAAGAGAAAUCCUAAUAUCAAGAUCUAUGGUUUGCCAUGGAGUUUUCCUGGUUGGUUGAAUCCCAUGGGCCAAAGGAAUCCAUACCAAUUUCCAGUUCUUACUGCUACCUACAUCAUCAAGUGGAUUAAGGGAGCCGCAAAAUUUUAUAAUGUUACUGUGGAUUACAUUGGGAUAUGGAAUGAGAAUCAUUAUGAUGCCGUCUACAUCAAGACUUUAAGAAAAGAAUUAGAUAAGGCAGGACUCGGUCAUGUGAAGAUUGUUGCUCCAGAUGCUCCCCAUAUCCAGGACUGGAAGAUCUCUGAAGAUAUCCUUAAAGACCCGGAACUGGCAGCUGCUGUAGAAUAUAUAGGGUCCCAUUACCCAGGAACAAUUACCACAAAGGAAGCAAUACAGACGGGAAAACCCCUGUGGGCUUCAGAAGAUUACAGUACCUUUAAUGAUCUUGUUGGUGGAGGUUGCUGGGCUAGGAUUCUUAAUCAGAACUUUGUGAAUGGAAACAUCACUGGAACAAUAUCAUGGAACCUGAUUGCUGCCUAUUAUGAUACACUACCAUUUACAAGAGAUGGACUGAUGACAGCAGAGAGUCCAUGGUCAGGACAUUAUGUGGUAGAAAGUCCUAUAUGGCUGGGAGCUCAUACGACACAGUUCACACAGAUUGGCUGGAAGUACUAUCGUCAUGGUUAUGGCAGUGGCCAUUUUGUUUUUGGAGGAAGUUAUGUUUCUCUUGCAAGUCCUGAUGGGAAAGAUCUCACUAUUAUUAUAGAAACAAUGAGUCAUGACCAUUCAAAGUGUAUCAGGCCACCAUUACCAAAAUAUAAUGUAAAGAAACAGACAGUGAAAUUCCAGCUAAAAGGACAGUUUGCUAAUACAAAAGUGUUACAGAUGUGGAAAAGUAAACUGAGGUUUGAUAACACUUCAUCUACUUUCUUCAAGAAACAAAAACCACUACAGAUUAUAAAUGGAACAUUUACACUUGACCUAGAUGUAGAUGUGGUGAUCACCUUGACAACGUUAAACACUGGCAACAAGGGAAGUCACAAGACUCCUCCUCCAGUCAAAGACUUUCCACUGCCUUACAUGGAGGGUUUUGAAAAAUAUAAUGAACAUGAAGAACCGUUUAACUUUGCUCAGCAAACUGGGUCUUUCGAGGUGAAGGACCUUGGUGGAGGUCAAGGCAAGGUCAUGAGACAAAUGGUGACCCAGAUUCCUGUAUACUGGUGUGCUGCUGAGAAGUUGAAUUUUGCAACGAAUUACAUAGGCUCACAAAAAUGGUCAGAUAUCUAUGUCCAAGUAGAUGCUAAACUCGGAGAAGCAAACUCAUCAGAUGGAUACUUUGUUGGUGCACGUAUUUUUGAAGGAGGUUGUAACAUAUUGGAUUCAACUGGAAUUUUCUUCUUUGUCUUCCCUGCUACUCAAAGAUUUUUGGUCACUGGUAACAUAGGUCAGUCUGUUAUUCAUAAGCUUGGACCGACAGGAAAGCUAAAUGUCAAGGGUUGGAACACACUGAGGCUUCUUGUCCAGGGUAGUAAAGCAGUCGGAUUGUUAAAUGGCAAGAUUUUGUUUAAUGUCACAGUUGCUGACUACAAGACACAUGGAUUUGCCGGCCUUGGAACCUCAUCGUGGGGAAUUGCCGAUUUUGAUAAUUUUGUCGUAGCAAGCCCUCAUGAUGGAGAGAAAAUUAUUGAUAAUGUGUUAAGAAAUGCAGAUGAUUCUAAUGUAAGCCCAGAGAUUGACGUUCUAAAUCUUUAAGGAAUAAAUAGGAUAUCAUCUUCAGCUCUGUGAAAUUUUCAAGUUUUCUUCUGAAAUAGCUAAAUUCAUAUGAAAUUGUUAUUAAAGGUAAAAAGCCCGGGAGAUAAAUACAAUGUACUUGCUUUCUGUAGAUAUAGGAGUUAGGCAUGUCUUCAUAUACUGAGACAAUGGUGCAGGGAAUAUUUCAAUAAUGAUGCAAUGUGUAUUGAAAUGGCAUAGGAUAGAAAUUACAGACUUUAUACUCUGAAAUGACUUGUUUUGGCAAAAUACCUGAAGUUUUAAGAAGAAACUGUUUUUGUUAAAGCUUAUAUUACUGAUAAGUAUUUGUUUACUGAAAUACUCAUCUUUUCUAUUUGUUGUUGUUUUGUAACUUUUACAUUCCAUAGUCAGUGACUUCACUCACUUUAAGAUAAUAAUAUUGUUAAAUAGGAUCUGAUUUAAGACUUGUAUUUUUGUGAAUAAUUGAAAAAUCUUUUCCUAGAUUUUAUAUUUUUAUAAUCACAUAACAAAAUGGUGAUACUGUAGUUUUAUAGCCUCGUUUUGAAAUAAACGAGUAUUUUGUGUUCAAAAUUUUAAAUUGUAUACUCAAAUUCCCAUGAAUUCAAGCCAAAACAACGAAAUUGUGUGUCCAUGAAAUGAAAUGUUUAUACAGUAUGUUCACAUUAAUAUUACUACCAUAUUAUGCAUUAGGAGAAUGAAAUUAUAAUUUUGUCAAACAUUAAUUAGAGGUUUACUUGUAAACAAAUUAUACCUGGGUGAUUUAUCAAUUUCCUGAGUCUGAAAUUUAGAUGCUGAAUUGAAAUUGAUUGUAUUCUAAUGAAGUUUUGCUGACAACAGCUGCUUAUCACUUGAGGUAUUUCAUGCUGAGUACUUCUAUUGUUACGGCAAUUUCAGUACAAGUUUUUAUUGAUAAAUGCAGGCCCACAUUGUUGCAUGUUAUUUAUUGUGCAGAAUAUAACAUGAAGCUUUAUAUUGUGGCCAAUGUGUGAAUUUACUUGCAUUCCGUUUGACUUACAGUCCGAUUAACCCUUGCCCAGCUAAAUUUCUAUAAUGAACUUGUCCAUCUUUCAAUUUGGACAGUACUAUUAACUGUUAAAAGGGGUGCAUACCAAGAAGAUUUUGACUGAAUGGUGAACAGUGCAGAUUAUGAUCAGACUGCAUGGAUGUGCAGGCUGAUCAUGAUCUGCACUGGUUGCAAAGGCAGAGUCAUGUCCAGUAUUAACUUCACUGAAGCUAUCUUUACUUAAAAAUUCAUUUUGAAACAGACUAUACUUAAGAUCUGAGAACAUUCUAGCAUAAAACUGCUGUUAUUGUCAUUUUCAGGGGGUGUUUUAACAGGAGAAAAAACGUGUGUUGAGAGAUUCUUGCACUCACAUGCUGUUAUAACACCUUUAAAUAUAUGCACGUUCCGUGGCAAAGCGUUAACAUAUUAUGGCCCCAAAAUGGAUAAUUCAAAAGGAAAUGACAUCAACGUGAAAAAAAAACAACUUAGACUUUUCCGCGCAUUUCAUGGAAAUUUAAUGACGUUUAGAGACAACAUAUUCAUUUACCUGAUUUUUACGCUAGAAUAGCAUUAGUACAUGUUCUUUUUGUGUUGUAAUACCUUCAGAAUCCCUCAGGAAUCAUUGGUACCCUCGCCGUAAAGGGCUUGUGUACCAACCAUUCCCUCGGGAUUCUGCAUUAUCCCUACAUUAUAUCUGUGAUGAUUUUUAAUCUCUGUAGAUCUAAGUAUUAUACAUUUAGUAUUUAUGUUAUGUAUGAUUAUUUUGAUGUUGGACUGAAUAUGGAAUAUAGCCUUUGUCUGUUUAUCAUGAGCAUUGUUCUUGUUCAUGUACUUUUAUUUGUUCACCGAAAAAUUUCAUUGGCGUUACUUUUCUGUUUUCUUAUUCAGUAUUGUCAAUUGAGAAAAUUGAUUAAUUUUUGUUGAAUCUCUACAUUAUUAGUUUUUAGUUCUUUAUUUGAAUUGCAUUGUUAAACUAGAUUAAUGUUUAGGUCUUAUUUUUGUUCCAUGGAGAUACCUGUAGGAAGUAUCACAUCACAUUAUAAUUUAUGUAUACUUGUUUCUGUAGCCUCAAAAAUGCAGUUUACUAGACCAGAUUUAAAACAUUAUGUAUAUAACAACUUGAGUACAGUUGCAUAACAUGAUUAUGGACUAUGAAGUGGUUAAAGUAUGUUUAAAAAGUUGAAAAGUUACUGUUUUCCCGAGCCACUUCAUUGGGUGUCUUUGAUAUUAUUGUGAAAUGUAUGAUAUACUGAUUACCAGAAUGUAUCUGAUCUAAUUUACUGCAGUAUUACAUCGCAAUUGUGAUAUAUUGAUUUAUAGUUCUCUUUUCAUGACAAAGUUUCAGGGUGACCCUGUUUAACUUAGUUUACUGCAGGUUACUUAUCCUUGCUACACAACAAUGUUGUAGAAUACUUACAUGCAAGGAUCAACUGACUUGAAAGUUCAUUCUAUCCAGAAACUCUUCUGUGUCUAAAAUGAUCUCUCUGGAAGAGAACACCUGGGAUCUUUCUCCACCAAGCUGGAAACUUGUUGUAGGAGCUUUAUUGUACUGGUGUAACAGAAACCAAACAAAAUCAACCUGCACAGUUUUAUCCAAAGAUCUGGUAUGAUAUAAUUUUAUAGAAAAGUCUCAUUUUGUCUUUGAAAGAAUUGAAAUUUUUUCACAAUAUGAAUUUUAAAAAAAAUUGAAGUCUUUGGUAGGAUUUACGUUUCAAAAGCAAGUCACCCCUUUGUAACAUUUCAUUGUAAAUCAUGAUGACUUUUUUAUCUCUUACAUUUGCUGUUGAAGUUUUGUGCGAUAGACCUUUGCUCUUUUACUUCUAUAUAAUACAGUUACAAUAUAUACAGUGAAACACCGCUCGCUCGAGCAUCGAUGACUCGAGCACCCGGGCUCGCUCGAGCAAUUCAUGCGGUCCCGGUCGAUUUCUUUCUAUUUUCUAUGUGAAAUUACCAUGGCUGGGUCGAGCAUCGAUAACUCGAUCGCUCGAGCAUGACACCUGGUCCCUGUGUAUUAAUUUAUUCUUUGUUGCUUCUGGCAAACUCGAGCAGAGGUGUCAAAAUUUUUCACACCUUCGGCGGUCAGAAUGUUAAUAAAAAGAAUUUCACACCCCGUGAGAAUUGCGUGGUCUAUUCCCCGACUAUCUUAAAUGUUUGUUUGUCGGUAUAUUUGAUCUGAUAAUGAGAUAAAUUAUUGAUGAAAGGUUGAAGAAAAGUUUUAUUGAUCAAAUAUCGAUCAAUUACUGAUUACUUAAAACAUCUUUUCUGCGGGAUGAGAAGAUAGCUAUGAGAUCUUAAUAUUUUAAUAAGCAGUUGUUUGCAUGCAAAUAAAGGAAAUAAUAUAGCCUUUUCAUAAAAUUGAGACGAUAAUUUUGAUAUGCACUUGUUGAUAAAUAAAAACAAAAAGUGCUAGUUGUUUCUUCACAUUUGCCAUUUACAAAUUACAUAUUGAAACAUCUAUCAUAGAUAACGUUUGUAAUACGUUUUUUUUUAAAAUGUCUCAAGUAUGUUAUUAUUACGCAUCACCGUUUAACCUGCAAAUGGUCCCGAUGGCAAUUGGUAAAACAAGUUUCAAUUUUCUUCGUUUGUUGGUCAAUGUUUGGGUAGCUCGAAACCAUGGAUAACUCGAGCAUUUUGCUCAUCCCCUUGCGACCUCGAGCGAGCGGUGUUUUACUGUAUAGUGUUUACCUAACCAGAUAUGAAUUUAAAGUGCUUCUGUUUUUUCUGUUUGUUCUAAUCUCUUUGAUUUUGUAUGAAAAUCUGUUUACAUUUCGAUAAGAGGCAGUUGUAAAAUGCCCCCAAAAUACCCUGUCAAAAAACAGGGCAUUUUAUACUGUAAAAGAACAUAUUUUUGCUGGGUAAAAAUUUCGCAAAUUUGAAAUUUUGUGUAUGUUCACGAGGUUUAAUAUUCGCAACAUUGUAAAAAUGGUAUCCUACUUAAAUUUGAAUUAUACAAAUGGUGAAUAUUUAUGCAAGGAUUGAUCUUUGUUAAUAUGUUGGGCCUUUCAAAUAUAGCAAAUUUAAACCCUUGCGAAAAUUUCUGCUUUUACAAUACUUUCCAAAGAUUUGAUAUUGUUGCAUUGCUGGUUUUAGUUCUAUAGCCUGUACAUAAUGUCCAGAAAUUGGAUAAGACACAAAGGUUUUCUUCCUGAGUGAUGUCCUGGCCCCAUGUUCACAAAACAUUUUUCGGUCUCAGCUGAGUUUGGUAUCUGUUUUACUAAAUUGCAGUGUUAAAUUAUCAAAACUGAAUAGUCAUUUGGAAAUAGUUAUUAACUUCAAAUUUAGUUUAAACAUGCUCAUUAGAUAUAAAUAACAAAUAAAAGUUUCAUUAUCAAACUCAGCUGAGACUGAAAGUUUUGUGAACACGGGGCCAGGUUUUGGAAAUGAGUCUCAGUUUGUAGAGAAGACAUACUAUGUGACAUUCUUUUAAUUAUUACAAUGUAAUUGUUGUUUAUAUAGUAAAUGAAAUCCAUUUAUAUUUUUUUUACAAUCUUAUCUUUAUUUUUGUAUGUAAAUUACUAUACUCUGAGGGAAAUAAAAAUGCUCAUACUAUAA